AUGUCUUUCACGGAUACGGUUAAAUUCAAAUUAUCUUGGAAUACUACUUAUACAACUGAACCUGAUGGGACUAUCACGGUACAGCGGGAUGCGCCGGACGGUUAUCUUAUCAUUGAUCGUAUGUUAGAUUUCUCGGAACUUGUUGAUAAGGUAUUAAGUGUGAUCGGAGUUGAUAGAGAAGGGCUUUAUAUUGAUUUUUCUUUGGUAUGGACGGAGAGGUCAGGAAAAAGGUCUCGUGUGCACAUUAAUGAUGAUAAUACUGUUCGGUUCAUUUAUCUUUGUGCUGAUAAAUGGCCAGAAUUGUACCCUGAAAAAGUUGAGAGAACAGGCCAUGUUUAUGCAAGUACAUCUGGUCAGGAUAUUGGUGCUAGCACUAGUGGUGGUAGAACAGUUGAAGACAAUGAAGAUGGAGAUGAAGAUGGAGAUGAAGAUGAAGAUAAAGAUGAAGAUAAAGAUGAAGAUGCAGAUGAAGAUGAAGAUGUCGGGGGUGUCGAAAGCAGUGAUGAUGAGUACGUCCCAUCGGAUGAGGACUCAGAUGACGACACUGAUUUUGAGUCAUCUUCUUCAGUCCCAUAUGUUUUCGACGACAUAAGUGGAUGGGACAAGACUUUAGAGGAAGUAGAAAACGAUGGAAUUAAAAUGUGGGAUGGCAAUCCGUUGACGCUAGGCCUUGAUAUACAUUUCGCCAACAAGCCUGAGGCACAAGCGGCAGUGGGAGAAUGGAACUUGGUACAUGGUCGGACUUUCCGGGUGAAAACGAGCAUGAAGGCCACCGAUACUUGGAAAAUGGUGGUAUGGUCCGAUUCUCACAACUGUCUUGGGGCAAACAAGAGAAACGAGUCCCGAAAUGUCACGUCUUCUAUGAUUGCUAGACUGGUUGCCCAAAAUGUGCGAAAACAUCCAGAUUUUGCAGUUGCCCAAAUUCAAAUAGAAGUGAUGAAGAGGUACCAAGUCGAAUGCAGCUACAAGAAGGCAUGGCAUGGUAGAAGAAAAGCACUUGAGGCUCUGUAUGGUACAUGGGAAAGUAAUUUUCAACAAUUGCCCAGCUUCCUCGAUGCAUUGUUCAUGUCAAACCCGGACACUUGUGUGCAAUUCAAGUUUAAGGAAAAUUCAGGAAGCUCACAAAGAGGCCGGAAGAAAUCGUUGAGGCAAAAGGUCAACCGGUUUAGCAAGAGAAACCAGAAGUACGAAGUGGUUACAAUAGCACCUGAUAAUCAACCAUGGAAGGCUGACGAGAAGCAAGUUGUGCUGUUCCAGACAGAGGAGUCUAGAUUGACGAGUGUUUCCAUCACUGAAAUAAAGACUCACAUAGAGAAUAAUCCUUUGACGGACCUGUCCCCUGACGAUGCACACCUACAGCGAGCCCGUUGUUUUGUUGGAUGGCUCGUUGGCGGAUUACUGUUCUCAAACACUAUGAGAAACAGUUUUCCUCUCGAUCUUGUGCAUUUUCUUCAUACUCCCGAGAUUUGCUCGGAGUACGAUUGGGGUAGUGCUGCACUAUGUUACUUGUACCGCAAAGAUGUCCAGUCAUCUCUCGCCGCUUCGCCAAGGCUAUUACCGUUUGUCUGGAUGCCGUACACGACUCUUUUGGGUCGUAUUGCCAGGGUUUGUCUUGUGGGACAGGGCAUAUGGCGAUCUCAGACAUGGCUCAUCUGCGGUGAUGUCGUUGCGCCACACAACCCCAGUAGGGUAUUUCGCCAAUUUGGUUAUCACCAGCGGAUACCCGGCGACGCAUUACUUCUCACUGCGGCGGAAAUUACUAGCCUGCUCAAGAGGAAGCCGUUUGGAGGAUCCGAUAGGAGAUGGUUACAACAACUAGGGAUAUAUCUCCAGGUUUGGAAUGAUCGCCACGGCCAAGUUGUGGGGACUGAUGAUCUUUAUGUUGGCGAGCCUUCCGCAGAUCCGGAGUAUCUCUUGUGGUACCAUCAGGUUACUGUGAAGUAUGUUACGGAUCCGACGGACUCUGAAAAUGCGAGGGGUUUUCACGGUUCUGCAGAGACCUUGCGCCUCAUGGCCACAUUGAUGGAGGACGUUCGUAGUCCGAGUAUUAUAGGCCAGCGUACUUUCGACGCGGACUCCUUUGGUUAUGAUCGCUAG